UAUACCCCUCUCACUUACGGCAACAAAAAAAAGUUCAGAACAAUUAGAAGGACAUGAAAGAAGGUUCACGUCGAAACGCUAGACUUGGGAAAGAAGAUUGUAAAGGAAGGGAAAGCUUCAAAGCCAUCUCUUCCUAAAUGCACAGAUAAUCACAGAAUCUAGAGAGAGAGAGAGAGAGAGAGAGAGAGAGAGAUUAUUUAGAGAGACAGAGGAGAGAAAUUUGAGAGGGUUCAAGAGUGGAGGAAAUAGUAGGAAUAAGGAGCAGAGCUUAAGAACCGAGUAUAUAUAAAGGCUCGACAGAGAUAGGAAAUUUAGAGGUAGAGAAAGACGUAGGGGAAGCAUAGAAAGCUUGCCCAUUUGUAUUUUGUAGAAAUCAGUGUCUCAAGGUGGAGAGGUGCUGCAAUUAGGGCAUCAAAAUGAUCAUCCCUGUGCGCUGCUUCACCUGCGGCAAGGUGAUUGGUAAUAAAUGGGAUACAUAUCUGGACCUUCUACAGGCUGAUUAUACUGAAGGCAAAGAAGAACUUCCAAUUUCCAGAAAACAUUUACCUUCCAGUUAUCAAAUAGGCCAUGUAACAACACGGAACUUGAAAAGGGAACCUCGCUGAAGGGUAAAAGUAAGUUACCCACCCCCGACUGCCCUAGCGAAGAAGAGGGUAUUUGCUUGCCCCCGACUGCCCUAACCACAGAGCAGAGACAAGCCUACGAGCCUCCUCACAAAGCAGGUUAUACAGUAACUUUUUCUUUUUUAGCAAAAAAGAAAUUCCAAUUUCCAAGGAACAUUUACCUUCCGGUUAUCAAACCCGCCCUUAAAAGGAAGCCGCGGAACCGCAGACAUGGGCGCCACACUACCACUGUCAUCACUCUCUGCCUCCUUCUUCUUCUCUCUCUAGAACCAUGCUUCUCCAGAAGCCCCUCAUUCGCUCCUUAAUCCUUUCUCUCUCUAAAACACCCAUUUCUCUCUCUUCAAUCUCCUCCUGUUUCUCUGAAACCUCUGCCUCUUUCUCUCAGGCUUUCAUCUCUCCCUCUCCAACCUUCACCAUUCUCUCCAAAACCUUCCUCUCUCUCUCUAGAAACCCCUGCUCUCAAACUAAAACCCCAUUCUCUCUCCCGCACCUUUACCUGCAACGAUGCUUCUUCGUAGAUGUCAAGAUGACAUGGGUCAAGGACCGAGGCCUUGACCGUGCAGUAGAGAAAGAGAAGCACCUCAAGCCUGUAAUCGCCCUGAAAAACCUCCUCAAGACCGAACCGGGUGGUUCCAUACCUGUAUCUGCAGUUGCAGAGCUCAAAGACAAGCUUGGCCUACCGACUCAAGCUUUCAAUUUCAUUGCUUACUAUCCAAAUGUCUUUGAGACCCACUUUUUCUCUCAUACUCCUCGCCCCUAUGUGAAGCUCACGCCUGAAGUUCUUCGAAUCGAUUCUGAGGAGAAUCAAGCUUUUGAAUCUCUUCGCCAUAAUAUUGCAGACCGUCUCCUCAAGCUCCUCAUGUUGACAAGGCAUAAAAGGUUGCCAUUAACCCUAAUUGAUCAGCUCAAAUGGGAUUUAGGGUUACCAGACGAUUAUGUGAGAACCAUCCUCCCUGAUUACUUUCAAAUCAUUCCAAACCCUGAGCCUAAUCCUAGCCCUAAUUCUGUCUUCAAGCCCCUUUGGUCGGACCCAUUUAAGCCUAAUCCUAAACUUAAUUCUACUAGCCCUAACCCUAAUUCAAGUCGGAAUUCUCUCUGAUUGGACCUCGUAUGCUGGAGCGAUGAGCUCGCUGUAUCAGUAAUGGAGAAGAAGGUUAUGAAAGAAGGGAAAGAAUACAAAAAAGGCAUGGCUCUUGCUUUUCCUAUGAGAUUUUCAAGGGGGUAUGAUAUCAAGAAAGAGGUGGUCAAGUGGGUUGAGAAUUCGCAGAAGCUUCCAUAUAUUUCUCCAUAUGAGGAUGCUUUUUAUUUAGAUUCGAGGAGUGAUCAGUAUGAAAAAUGGAUGCUUGGUGUUCUCCACGAACUAUUCCAUCUCUUUGUUGCUAAGAUGGCAGAGAAACAAAAUGUGCAGAGUCUUGGUGAACAUUUGGGUUUCAGGCCAAGGUUUACCAGAGUGUUUGCUCACCAUCCUGGUAUAUUUUAUGCAUCAAACAAGAUCAAGACUUGCACUGUGAUAUUAAGAGAGGCUUAUAAAAGAGAUUUGCUGGUGGAGAAGCAUCCAUUGAUGGGGUUUAGGUACCAGUACAUUCAUUUGAUGCAUAAAAAGAGAGAAGUCACUAAAGAGAGCCUUGAAACUUUAAAAAUAGUUCAGGACUCGGAAGAAAAGGUGAAUUGUGAAGAUGGGUCUGGUAAGAUUAUUGAAGAGGAAGAAGGGUCUGAUGAUAUUACAGAAGAGGAAGAUGGGUCUGAUGAUUUUACUGAAGAAGAAGAAGAAGAAUGCUCUGAUUCUGACUCCAUGGACGAAGAGGAUGAGAACCGAAUUAGCUUCAAUGGUGGUUUAGCUCAUAAUGAAACAAGAACUUCGGAAAAAGGGAAAGCUAGGACAACAAAACGUGCUUCGUUUGCCAAGAGGCUUGAAGUUGGUAGACCUCCUUCAACUUAUAAAGGAGCAUCCAUAAAAGAUCAAGAAGAACAGGGGCUCCUAAGGGAUCUGCUCAAAGGUCAAACAACGCAAGGAGGCAUGUAAGAUCAAUUGAUGGGAAGGUUACUACCUUUUAGUAGCUUUACAAAUAAUGUAGUUGUUACAAUUCAUUAUUUGUAUUCUUAUUGAUAUUUUGAUGUUGUGUUAGUUGCCCAA